AUGCAAGAACCUAACAUACGAUACGACAGCCCUGCCUACAGCGGGAAUAGUUCUAGUCUUCGUAGAUGAAAUGUGGUCAGCGCUGAUGAGAACAGUUUUCAGUAUUCUCGAUGCUGGUCCCAUAGAGCUCAUCUCUGAGAUUAUCCUUGUCGACGACGCUUCCCAGAAAGAUCACCUUGGUCAGCCUCUAGAUGACUACAUCAGGAUCUUUAAUGGAAAAGUCAAAGUAGUUCGCCUACCAGAGAGGAAAGGUCUCAUAGCGGCACGACUUGUAGGAUAUGAGAACGUGACAGGAGAAGUGAUUAUAUACCUCGAUGCCCAUAUGGAAGUUAACAAGGGUUGGCUGGAGCCUUUGUUACACAGAAUAAAACAAGAUGAUACCGUCAUAGCCAUCCCACAUAUUGACUCAAUUAAACACGAAACAUUUGAGGUAUUUCAUAAUGCAUUCGGUAAUCGUCAUCAUCAUCAUCGUCGUG